UAUAUUGCAUGUGGACAACAUGAACAUCAGACUACUGGAACCAGAAAGAGCUCAGUAACAUUACCGAAUGCGUUUUUGCUCAGGAAUGUACGUUGACCAACUUCACUGUUUUUGCUAUUACAAUGUUAAACAACAACAGUGUGACAUAGUUAUUGCAAGCGCUUCCUUGCUCCAGCUCCAGUUAGACAGGGUACUGCGUUAGCUGUCAUGGCUGUGGAGGACAAACCUAACUCCGGAAGAAUGAAAGUUGUCCGACAUCUGAUCAACUUUGGGCUCAAUCCUGCAGCUGUAGCUUAUGCCAUGACUACACUGGGAUCUGGCAUGAUAAACAACAUAUUUAGCUUCUACUAUGUCAAACUCUUUCUUAAUAAGUACAAGAUAUCAGAGGGAGCAUUUCACCAAUCACAAGUUGUGUACAUGGUCUGGAAUGCAAUCAAUGACCCCCUCUUUGGCUACAUGCAAGAUAAUUCCAGGGUGCCCUGCUGCUCUCAGCGACGUCUCUCCAUCCUGUAUGGUGCUCCCCUCUACUCACUGGCCUUUCUUCUAGCCUGGUUCCCAUGGCAGACCUACGCCCCUGGUGACUGGUUGAGCGGCUUACAUUUGAUGGUGGCUCUGUGUGCUUUUGACGGCAUGCUGACUUUUGUGCUGCUGGCACAAUGUGCAUUGUUUGCAGAGAUUUCCAGCCACCAUCAGAGCCGACUAAGACUUGUAAAGUACAGCCAGGUAGCUUCUCUCAUUGGUUCCUCCAGUGUCCUCUUCUGUGGUGUGCUGACCAGAAACAUGGAGGACUUUGGAUCCUUCCAAGCCUUCACAGUGCUGAUUGCUAUCCUGAGCUGUGGCUGCAUGCUCUACACGGGUCUCCACAGUGAAAGCCGCUUUGAUAACAAAGGACCUGAUUUAGAUGCAAAUAAUGCUGAUAACCAGACCUCCCAUCAGUCAGCAUUUUCCUUCUCCAUGUUAAAAUCUUUGACAUGGGAAAUCAUGAGCAACAGGGACUUCCAGCUUUUUGUGUUCAUGAACUUCUUCCAGGUUUUUAUGUUAGCUUUCUUUAAUAAUUUUACCAUGAUAUUUGCUGAGCACCUUAUUCCUCCAGAUGUGCUUCCAUCAUUGGCCAAGAGCAUUAUGUACGGAGCGGGAUUCAUCUGUCCACAGCUGUUAGUAUUGAGCUGUCAGAGUCAGCUCCACACUCUUGGCUACUACAGGAUCAUCCUCUUCACCUUCUACAUAGAGGCUGCAAUGGCGGCUAUCAUGCUCACACUCGGUCCUCACCACUACUAUAUCCUGGCAUUCUUCCUCACCGUUAACAUGGUCAUAAUCCAAGCAGCCUUCAGUCUUUUUGGCUUGCCUUUGGCUGACAUCAUUGACACAGACCUGCAGAAGUACAAGCGCAGUUCCCCUCUUUCGUCUAUGGUGUUUGGGACAAAUGCACUGUUCACUAAGCCGGCUCAGUCGCUGGCCCCUAUGAUAGUUGUAAAUAUCCUCAACCAGUUUGGAUAUGAACAGCUGAAAGACGCAGGAAGGGAUUCAACCCCAAGCGCUUCGGAGAGCCUCCAACGUGUCAUGUUUUAUUUGGUGUGUGUGGUGCCCAUGUGUGUCGCUGCUCUGCAAGCCCUUGCGUGGAGGCUGUUUUCCAUGCGCAGCAGCCACACAGUUGACUUAAAGUACGUUGACGGCUAAAUUCAAUAUUUUCAGCAUUAAAAGUGAGCUGGCUCUCAAGCUGGGAUUUGGGAACAUUUGUUAUUGAUUAGAUAUGAGAUGUAAAACUAAUGUGUAAAUGUCUUUUUCAAGUCACUGAUUAUCACUGUCACUGACUGAACUGCAGCUAAUUUCUUAGAAGGCUAGUGAAAACUACUGCUCUGUUCUUAAUGGAGGAACUAUACUUGUAAAAUGAAUGUAAAUGGAAAAGUCGCUACAGAAAUUGUUGAGUGGCAUCUUGAAAUAGUCAACACACAGUUGAAAGUAGGAGUGGGUGUCCUCCAUUAAUGAUUACAGUAAGAUCCAAUAAAAAUAGCAUUAGCAUUUUAAUGUUAUAGCUUUCAAACCAAGACAAAAGCUGAACAUUACUUACUGUAGACUGACUACCUCUUCUGUAGAAGCACGUUUACAUUAUAUGGUAUCAGAAAGCGAGAUACAAAAAUGUAAAGAGCAUUAAUUUGGAUUUCUUUUUAUAAUGGAGUUUCACAUUCCAUGCUUGAUUUUGGUUGUAGGGUUAAGGGCUUUGUGGUAUUGUAUGUAUUAACAAAAAAGACGUAUUUUUUUGUCAACAUAUUCUUUUCUAUGCAUCUGGAUUGUGCAUAGUAAACACAGACUAAAACACUCUAAGAACCCUGUUUACAAUAUAUUUUGCGUUUGGGAUUUCAGUUUUUUUCCAAAUGUAAAUCACAGGCAGCACAUACAGAUUGCAAAUGUUGGCAGCAUCACAUCCAUCCUAAAAGGCUCUUGCAUGCUCAUUUUACAGUCUUUGUUUUGUUAUAUAAAAUCAAAAGAAACUAGAGCUAUUAUCUCUUAUUAACAAUUCAAGUUUUGCUUAUUUGGGGAAAAGGGGCCCCAGGUUGGUUGAGAGGCACCAAAUUGAAAUCUAAUUCCAAGCUUCAUUACAGUAAAAAAUAAGCUGACCUUUCUUUUAUCUGAAGAAACAAGGUGAAAAAUAUUCAAUUUUGAUUUCACUUUAUUGUCAAAAUGUUUUCGGAAAUGUGUCUUACGUCCCAAGAUGUACACUGUUUCACAUACAUAACAAAACACAACAUUUAAACAAACAAUAAAACAAAUAUGAAUAA